AUGCAGAGGCUUGUGAUCCAGAAAGCAGGCAAGGUAAUUGGGAGGUUGAAUGCAAUCCAAGCAGGGCAUGAGGCAACAAUUCAACGGCAGAAGGCUGAGAUAGAGAGUCUGCAGGCAAAGAAGCCACGGAAGAGAAUAACUGUUGAUCUAAAUUCACGCUUUGCAAAUAUAGAAAGUAUUAAGAAGGCAUUGGACGAAGCAGCUGCUUUGGAGGCACAAAGAAAAGGAAAGGUUACGGAAUUUGCAGCCCAAAAAGCUACAGAGAUUAGAUCAAAUAUGACUCUAGAAUCUAUGACAUUUGAGUGGCAAUUAGAGUGA